AUGACCCUUAUUGCAACAGUUAUGGAGCAUAAAAGUGCUCAAGUUUUGAAGAUGCUUCAGAGCACAGGAUUCGAACUCUGGGGAGAAUGUGUUGCCUCUGAAUUCGGAGUCCGAGGAUAUCCAACUAUCAAAUUAUUAAAGGGAGAUCUUGCAUAUAAUUACAGAGGACCUCGUACCAAAGAGGAUAUAAUUGAAUUUUCUAACAGGGUGUCGGGACCGUUAGUGAGAUCACUUCCCACUCAACAACUCUUUGAUCACAGGCAACAGAGGCAUCUGGUUUUCUUUGUUUACGUUGGUGGUGAAUCUCCUCUGAAGGAGAAGUUCUUUGAAGUGGCAUCAGAAAUGAUUGUGUAUACCUACUUCUUUUCUGCUUCAGAGGAUGCUUUGCCACAGGAUGUCGCUGUCCAGGAACUUCCUGCUGUGUUGGUGUUCAAAGAUGGAACCUAUUACACGUAUGAUGAAUAUGAAGAUGGAGAUAUGUCCUCAUGGGUGAAUAAAGAAAGAUUCUUAGGAUAUCUUAACAUUGAUGGUUUCACUUUAUAUGAACUUUCAGAGACGGGAAAGCUAGUGGUGGUUGCAGUUAUUGAUGGCAAGAAUUCAUCUGAAGAACAUGCCAGCUUAAAGGACAUUACUCAUGAAGUUGCUACUGGUUACAGGGAGCAGUUUCACAGGGAUUUCCAGUUUGGGCACGUGGACGGAGCUGAUUACAUCAACGGUGUCAUUAUGGAUGAGGUUGCUGUUCCUUCCAUUGUGGUGCUGAAUACCUCAAACCAACAGUAUUUUGUACCAGAAACCCCAAUUAUGAGCAUUGAGGACUUGAUUAAAUUUAUUAAUAAAAUCUUGGAAGGAUCUGCAGAAGCACAGGGAGGAGACAGUUUCUUUUAUCGUGUUAGAAGACUGCUAUAUGAUGGAAAAUCCACCAUUUUAUCCGUUUUUAAGGCCUCCCCACUCCUGGGCUGCUUUCUCUUUGGUCUACCUUUGGGUGUUAUCAGCAUCAUGUGUUACGGAAUCUGGUCAGCAGAUGGGGAAUAUGAACCAGAAGAAGGAGAACUGCUUCAGGAUGAAGCCAUUGAACAGGGAGAUGCGGAACCCAGUGAUGGAGAAAAGGAGGAAAACGGUGAUGAAAAUCAAAAGGGUGGUGAAGUUAAAGAAAAUUCAGAGGAGCUCAAAGAUGAAGAACUGGAGGAGAAAAGCAUGGUAGAAAAGAAAACUGAUUAAUAUAUAGUUUAUGAAUUCCCUUUAGGAUUUCAAAACUAAGUGUGAGUCACAUUUGAACAUCAGUGGAAAAUAUUGGAAAUAAAACACAAGUGAUGUGUUUGCCUUAGAUUGAUCUGUACCUUUGCAGAGACCAACUGGGCUACAAGAACUUUGAUCAUGUGAAUUAUAUUUUGUUCUUUAGAUGCAGAUAGUUUCCGUGGAAUCUCUGCCAUUAUGGAAGAAGAGACUUGGUUGUUAAUGUAAAUUGGCAGAAAUUCAAGAAUUCCCUAUAGUUUGGUCUUCUGACCUCAAUGUCCAAGGCUUGGGUGCAAUGGCACAUGUAGUUAACAAAGAAACAUUAGCAGGGUUAUAAGAGUGAGAUGAUGCUUUAGACAAGGGUUUUGGCCCACAAAAUAUCGGGAGAUGGAUAAGAAUUUCCACAGUAAGUUUAAAUACACCGUCAAAUGUCAUACAUAUAAAACAGUAGAUGAGUAAAUGUUCAUUGUACAUGGUAAUAUCAAUCUUUCGGUUUCAUUUCCCUGACUUAAAAAUUGGAUUGCCUAAUAAAGGAUAUCAUGUCAUUUUGAGCAAUUUUAUAUUUAGAAAAUAACUGGUUUUAAAAAGAAUACUCAAAUGUCCUUGAGACUGCUGCCUCAUUGAAUUUCCUUAUAAUUAUAAAGAUUGCCACUUUACCAUCUAAACUCUGGCUUUUGAAAAUAAAAGCAAUUUGGUUGUUUCAUUAUAAAAGGAAAUCAAGUGACCAUUUUCCCAUUCUUCAUGUUACGACCAAUGUAAUGACUACAGUAUCUAUCAUGUCAUAGGAACAAUGUGAACAAAGAAGUAAAACUGUGAUUAUUUUGUAAUUUCAUAUAUGAUAAUUGCAUACGUUAAAUCAAAUUAUACAAUUAUGGAUGUGCAAUAUCUGCAAAUGAGCAGUUCAGAUAUAUACAAACUAUUGCUGCAGCACAUGAUAUUUGAGUUUCCUAUUAUAUUAUACUAGGUAGUGCAUUGCUAGUGUUGCAUUAGUUAGGAGUACACCAAGAUAAGGUGUUGAUAUUUAAGUUUCAUAUCAAGAUAGAUCUUCAACCAUUCUUUACAAACAAAAAUAAAAGAAGAUUUAAGAACUUUUUUUUAAAAUCCUGCCACGUUGCUUACCUGGGAUUUGAUGCCUCGUCAUGCUGGCAAUUACGUAUAAGAUAUAAAAUUACUGUAGGAAAACAAGAUCCUUGCAAAUGCUUACACUGGUUACCCACCUUAUUUCUGCAAAAGCAUCUACACAUUCUCCUUACGUCUGAUGUCUAAAAUGCAGAAUUAUUUGUAGUCCAAAUGGUGCCUUGCAGGAGAAGAACCUUAACUCAGUACAGUGCAUUUUUUAUAAGAAGCCUCAGUAAACUAAGUAUUGCAGUGCAUACAAUAUUAGUUAUCUGCAGGGCUGCAAACUGUAUUUAUAUGAUGGUGAUAGAACGAUUAGCAGCUACAAAUAAAAUACACUUCCUUCAGAAGAUGUCAGAACAUUUUUUUCUUUUUUUUUUUUAAAUCCUCCAAUCUAAUUUACUCUCGGAUCUUUGCACCAAGUUUUUUUUUUAAAUUUGUAACAGUUCAAAUAAACCACAUGCUUCUGCUGUCACAUCUCCGGGUUGAUGCAAAAUUUGUGGUUUGUAUCUAUUCUCAAUGGGUCAUCUUGCUAUAUCCCAAAUUUGUUAUGAUGCUACUAAUAUACAGGUUUUGAAUGACUUUGGUUUAUUGAUUUGGGACCAGGGAAAAAAAGCUGUCUUCAUUUCCUGCACUGUACUAACUUAGUUAUCUCCUACUGCUAUAUGCAGUAUAAAUACUGCAGCCUAGCUUAAAGUUAAAUAGAGGGAGAACUGAGCAGGGUUCUUAAUUCAAUCUAUGUGGUGACUGGUCACAGUGACCCAACAAUUUGUAUAAAUGUGGGGUGAAAGCAGGAUUGGAUUGAUAUGGACAUUUUCUCUUUUCCGAUAGUCAUCUGCCACUUGUGGCCUUGCCUCGUGUAUAGGGAAUCAGCCACACGUGAGACAGAAGGGUCAUUAUUCUGAUGGUAAAACCAGUCAGAAUCAGUCUGACUAAAUUGUAUGUUUUUCACAAAUAGAGUGACCGACCAACCACCCUCAAUAGAAAUUGGAGUUAUUUGGAAAGGAUUGCUUACAAUAAAAAACUGAAGGUACAAUGUGGCUGACAUGCAUAUACUUGUUCCUUGUCAUUUAUAAUACAGCAUGUGGAACCAAUCUUCUGUUUCAAUGUCACACCAAGCACUGGAGUACAAAAUGCAAUUGACCAAGGUUUACUUUACAAAUUUUAUGCAUAUCUGUCAGGACGCAGUAAAAAAACAGCAAUGCGUAUUGAAGAGAGUUUCCCUUUAUGUGCCUCAUUAUGUUCCGUUUCAUUAUGUGAAACUUUUUUCAUGUUUCUCAAAUGGCUUUGUAUGGUGUGAAUACUGGAUAAAGACCAAAAAUUGUCGAGUUUAUUGACAUAUAUGCACAAGUACGGUGAGGUACAAGUACAAUGAAAAUCUUCAUUCAUGCAUCUGUACUCUCCAUUCAUGCUGUUACAAUAAAUUAACCUGCUCUGUAGCUUUCAUUCUAGUCUGAUAAAAAUGCUUGCAUUUCUGCUGCAAUGUAGCCAGCGUGUGUUGCAUUUCUGCUGCAAUGUAGCCAGCGUGUGAAUGACAUUAAACUCAGCGUAAACGAUUACAGUUACCGCUAUCCAAUACAUAGGUCAAUGGAUAUUAAUUUAGAAUUUGUAAAAUGGCUAUGUUCAUUUUCGUGAGGCUUUGCACUAUAAGAAAAUGUUAACUACUGUUGGUUCUGUGAACAGACAAAACCCACCCGUGAAAUUUCGAGCAACAUUUUGCUUACUUCUGGAUGGCUUGUUUUUAUUGCAGAUUUAUGUCUGGUUUUCACAUUACGUUUGAUCAUAGAAUGCUGAUAAGUAACCUAACUCAACUUAUCUCAGAAAAAAAAGUUACUGUUGCAAGUUUGCUGUCAAAUACCACUGACAGCUGUAAGAAUUAAUUUUGUUAUGCUGCAAUAUGGAUUUGGCUUUUUGUAUAAAUAAAGUUCAGAAACCUUUA